CUCGCUCUUCUUCAUCCGGCCUGCCUGUACAGUGAACACCCAGAAGGCCACCGAACAGAAGGAAAAUGCUGAGGACAACAAAUCAACCAACCAACAGCACAGCACGACACGACACGACACGGCCUGGCCCGCCCCCUCAUGGGCUGCUGUGAAUUUAGUUGUGCCUCCUCCCUCCUCACUCACUUUUAUUUUUAUUAUUAUUAUUAUUGGGUGGCGUGGUGUCAGGUGUGGUGUGUCUCCCCAGUCCAAAACCAAGCCAAGCCAAACCUAACCUCCUGCGCCCCAACUCCAGCGUGGUAAAUUUUCUGGAUCUCAGAUGUCUGCUUGGUGUCUCAAGACCAAACCCAUUUUUACACUCCCUCUUCAGAGCUUCCGUUUCGGCUCCCUUCCAUACCAACCAAUUCUUGUUUUAGAUCCAUCCGUUCAGGUUCAGCUAAAAAAAAGAUUGGGAAAAAAAAUAAUAAUAAAAAAUCCACUAUUGCUUUGCGAUUCAUUGAUUCAUUCAUUCCUCCUCUCAAUUCCAAAUCCGGAUUGAUUGAUGUGAUCUAUUCGUGGGAUCCUACACUUAAAAAACCACCUUGUGCUUCUGAUGUCUUACAGCGUCAAAAGCAGCAUUUCAGACCAAGAAACAGCCAAUAAUGGUUCCAGUUCUGCUGCCAGCUGCUGCUCCAGAGCUUCAUCCGAGUUGAAACUGUACCAAGCCUUCAUCUUUUCCGUGCCAAUUUUCUUCACUUUCAUUCUUCUCUUCUUGUUUUACUUGUUCUAUCUCCGUCGGCGAAGGGUAGAUUGGUCUUCCCUCAGAAUGAGGACUGCCACCUCCAUUCCCACUUCUGAGAGCGGCAACGAUGAUGAUGUAUCCAGGGUGGGUAUGUGUGAAUUGGGCGUGAAGAAGGAGCUGCGGGAGAUGCUGCCUAUUAUAGUAUUCAAGGAGAGUUUCUCUGUCAGAGACGCACAAUGCUCUGUGUGUCUUGGUGAUUACCAAGCGGAGGAUAGGCUUCAGCAGAUACCAGCGUGCAGGCAUACAUUCCACAUGGAUUGCAUCGACCUCUGGCUAGCUGCACACACAACUUGUCCGAUUUGCCGCCAGUCACUCCUUCCCUCUACUAAAGCUCCUCCGUGUGCCGAAGAUGGUCAGGUUGAAGCCAGUAUCAUCAGAUCCUCUGGUGGCGAAGAGGAGGGAGCUUUGCAGUCUCAUGAUCAACAUGGUUACGGUACCGACGAGGUCCCUCAAACAAGUCAACAGGCUGCUGCUGUCUCCAACUCUCAGGAGAGAGAGUAGUUGUUGAUGGAUGGACCGGACCAACCAUAAGUACUAUACCUGCGAUGGAGAUGGAGAUGGAGAUGGUGGGUAUGGCGGAGUUGGAAAAAAGAUUGGUGCAUGGGAGGGAGAAUGCAUGCAUGCAGGAUGAAUGUCCGACCUGUUGCAUAAACACACACAUAUAUAUAUAUAUAUAAAUGUAUUUUAUAGGUUGGCUAGGUUUUGAUUAAUGUAGCAGUAGGUUCUUCUGCUCCUGUAGUAUCGACCAUCAUCAAUAUGACAAGUGCACUUUAUUAUGCGCUUA